AGAAACCAUAAGUUUUCGACUUUUUUUAAUGGAGAUAAGAGUUGAAGUUAAAUAGUCAUUUUUCUCAUAAAAACAAAGUGUUAAAUCACGUUUUAAAACAAAAUUAAAAACGUAUAUAUAAAAUCAAUUGGCACUUUGAUCUCAUCAAAGACAGGGACACACCCCGCGCGGCCUCUUGUGGUGAAGCUAGCACUUGGGGCAUUUGAUGAGCAACUUCUGUUUUUCCUUGAGAUUGAUGAGUCAAACAACAAACAUAGGCAGUUGCAAUUGGUCACCCAAUGAGUCGUGCAACAGAGUAAAAGGUAUAGUUUGUUUUCUUCGAUGAAUCAUCAUCUCAAACAAACAAAAAGCUCACAUCAACGUAACGAUAAUAACUACACUCCCCCUUGUUCAACCACCUUGGAAGCUAAGCCGUUCAUGGCGGAAUCGGCUAUGAAACAACCCCAAGAAACUCUACACCAUUCACAAACCCAUCCAAAACCCUCGUCUUUAUCACAUUUUGGCUCCACCCUUUCAUCAUCAUCAUCUUCAUUACAACAAGACUUCAAGUACCAGAGUACCACAGAAAUGAGAACUGAGAGGGAGGUGUCAAGAGAGGCUGUGAUUGUGGCGGUGGACGCAAAAAGGAGCAAGGAAAACUUGGAAACAGUGGACUGGGCCUUCAGAUACUUGGUUCGUCCAGGAGACAUCCUCCUUGUCUUGGGAGUUUUGCAUGAUGACCAACUCGGACAACCCAAGAAGCACUCCUGCUUUCCCUCCUUCAAUUUUCUCUCAGCCACCAGCCAUUGCGAGAGAUCAGGAAUGGUUGACCACGAGGAACUGGAUUCUAUCGAGCUUAAAGAGACAUACGAGAAAAGGAGAGGAGAGUACCAGAUUAGCCUCCAAACUAUAAGGCGCCAAUGCCAAAGCAAUGAUGUGAAGUUGCAACUUAAAUUCGCAGCGGGGUAUUGUCCUGCGGGAUUGGCAAUUGAGGAAGCACGAAACCUUAAUACCCGGUGGAUCGUAUUGGACAGUCACUUUAGGAAAUCCCAACUUUUUCUACGGGGACAUGUAAGCUGCAACAUUGCAGUAAUGAAGGGUAAAGAUUUCGCUACCUUGAUGCUGUCAGAAGCUACCCCACCAGACAUCUUUCCUGGAAAUUCUGAAGAAAGUUACAAUUCAGCUCCUAUAGACAAUCCUAUGGAAGUGCCUACUAAAAUUUUAAGUCCUGAUCAAUUAAGAAAGUCACAUGCACCCGCACCUCAUCGUCAAAAUCCUUGUUGCUACCCAAUGUCUAUGAGAACUGGCUUCCCUCGAGUAUUUUCGCACAAUGAACUUGAAGUGAUAACAAAUGGCUUUGCUGAUGACUAUAUAUCAAAAGAAAUGGAGGGCUUGAAAGUUUACCUAGGAAUAUUGCAAGACACAACUGUUUUAGUCAAGUCUUAUGAAGAAGUAAAUGAAUGCUUCUGGUCAAUGCUAGUGAUCCUUUCUCGGGUAUGUCACCGCAAUAUCAUGAACCUUGUAGGGUACUGCUACACUGGUGCUGCUGCAUACUUGAUCUUUGACUUUCCAUGUUUGGAUAACAUGGAAUACAACUUGCGAAUUGAGGAAUUGGCUCAGAAGCUGGGGUGGAAAGCAAGGUGGUAUAUUGCUCUAGAGAUAGGCGGAAGCUUGCGCUAUCUUCAUGAGGAAUGUGCUGAUGGUUCUAUUGUUCACAAAUCUGUUUGUUCAUGUAGUGUUGCACUUUCUCAUGAUUACUCUGCAAUGCUUUCCAGAUUCGCAACUGCUGAAUGGCUUGCUGAAUGUGUUCCCCAUGAUGAAGAUUUGAUUGCCAGAUGCUCAAAUUUCGAAGAAGACGAGAGACUUUUUGUAGAUGUACGCGGAUAUGGGAAAUUCCUCCUGGAGCUUAUUACAGGAAAAAGUGCAUGUAGCUUUCCAAACCAAGGGAAGGAUCAGUCCAUGAUUGACUGGGCAUUGCCACUUCUAGAAAAUGGUGCGCUUAGGAACCUAAUGGACUGCCGAGUGACAGAAAGUGCUGGUGACCGUAGAUUGGUACGUCAGAUGGCCCAUGCUGCAUUGCGCUGCCUAAAUGUUGAUUCAGAUCACAAACUUUCAAUAAGCGAGGCCUUGGCCAUUGUUCGAGGUGAUGAACUUGUGGUAUCCGUUCAAGCCCUGAAGAUUUUUGAAUAACUCCAGGAAAUUACUUUUUUUUUUGUUAGUAGUUUAUUAUACAAAUAUAUCUAUAUAUAUAUAUAUGUGUUUAAGGAAAACGUAAAUUAACAAAGAGAAUGAGAGAGAGUAAUGUUGCAGAGAGAAUGGAGAUUCAAGUGUAUUAUUCAUCUCACAAAGGAGUGUAUUUAUGGGAAUACAAAGCUAGUGUGAAAGCUCCAAGAGAAACUCAAUUUGGUAACAUUCUUCUCUUGGUUGAUUGAGGGCUGCAGCUCCACAUGGUGGCUGUAAAGAUCAUAUUUGCCAUGCUUGUUGCCUCUUGGCAUAAAGCAUGUCAUACAAGUCCUCAUACACUCAAGUACCUAUGUUUAUACACUCAAAUACCUAUUACAUGAUUUAGACAUUUAUACUA